AUAUCCGGUCAUGCCGUAUCAAUGGAUGUUGUUGUGACGUCUUUUAUGUCGUAUUUUAGCAUUGUUUUCAGUAACAAUGCAUGUGAUCAGAGAAAUAUAAAUAUUAAUGGGGAGUCUUCACGUGUCAAAGUAGCAUCAUGAGAAGAGCAAUUUUGUACAGUUUAUUAAUUGGUAGUUGCUUUUUAAUCUUGUCGAAUUGGUUUUGGACUAAAUACACAUUCUUACCAGAAGGUUUUAAUAAAGCAAAUGCAAACUGUUAUAAGAAUCCAAAAUCUGUUUUAUCCUGUGAAGAAAUGAUCAGAGAAACUAUAUAUACAUGUUCCCUUUCUACACAGCCGAGAUUUUUAUUAUCUAGUCAUCGUAAAGAUAUUACACCAAGUCUCAGUGCAGAAGAUAAUCAAAGAAAAACGUACUUAACAAUCGGUAUACCAAGUGUAAAGCGUAAAACAGAUAAUUAUUUAUUUCAAACUUUGCAGUCGAUAAUUAAAGGAAGCUCGCGGGAAGAAUUGCAAAAUAUUACAAUUGUCGUGUUAGUGGCUGACGUAAAUUCUGUUGAUCGUCAUGGCCGAAUAAGAGAGAUUAAGAGUGCCUUCGAAGAUCACAUUAAGUCUGGACUUUUACAUAUAAUUGAAACAACGCCGUCAAUUUAUCCACCAUUUAUUACUUUACACCAAACAUACAAUGAUUCGAUGGAAAGAGUUCAUUGGCGUUCCAAACAGGUUAUAGAUUUUGCUCUACUGUUUAACUAUUCAGUCUAUUUAUCUGAUUAUUUUCUCAUCCUUGAAGACGAUGUACUUUGCGCUCCUCAUUUCAUAACAGCUGUCCGCGAAUUUAUAGAUUUUCAGCAGGAAAGUUGGGUAUCAUUGACCUUUACUGGAUUUUUAAUUAUUGGAAGACUCUUAAAAUCUUCAGAUUUACCACGUCUGGUUUCAUUUUUGAUGCUUUUUUAUUCAGAAAAACCUAUUGACUUACUUAUAUUACAGUUUAUCGAUCUCCUAGUGCCUUCACAAAGAACAAUCAUCAGAAGAAUACCCAGUCUAUUUCAGCACAUUGGUCUACGUUCAUCUUUAGAUGGUAAGAUUCAGAAAUUAAAAGAUAAAACCUUUACGGGUGUUGCUAAUAAAUUUGAAGCGAAUAACCCAAGUGCCGAUAUCAUUACGACAAUUACAACUUAUGAUAAUUUUUAUCCAGAAUUAGCAUAUAAUUCUGGUUUUGGCUAUUUCUGGGGGCAGUCUCCGAAGAUAAAUGAUACUUUUGACGUCAUUUUUCACAAACCAUCUCUGAUAGAGCAUAUUUAUAUAGAAACUGGUUCGAAAGACCAUAACAAAGAUAUUUUACUCCACGGAGUGGUAGAAGUCGGUUUGCAUUUUAUAAAAAUGGAAUCUAGUAAUAAACCACUUUGUAGUAAUUAUACAAUGGUCGGAAGUUUUAAAAAUGGGAAAGCCGAAAUUAAUUCUUUAAUGCAUCAACAUAUACCAAUUCAGUGUAUUAGAAUUCGAGUUUUACAGAAACAAAGUAAUUGGCUUGUAAUUUCUCAAAUUGCUAUUUUUUAAAAUGGUUAAGUAUGAAGUUGUGUUUAUGCUAUCCAAAAUAAUAAAUAACUUGCAAAAUUUGCCAUUUAUUAUGUUAAUAAUGCCUAAACUUGGAUCUAAUGAAUGGAUGAAUAAAAAUUCUAUCUAGAAUGCAUGAAUUUGCUUCAAUAUACCGGCUUGAAGUAACUUAGAUCCAAACCAAAUGACAAAUAAUCAAAUGGUUAGUUUAUGUGAUGAAGGAAAACUAAAUUUUUAUUCAUCAGUUCAUUCAGAUAGAGUAAAUGUGUCUUUAAAUGAUUGUUUAUGAAUACAAAGAUAAAUUUGAAAAUGUUUAGGUAUAAUUUAUUACUACUACUAUAAAAAAUGUACUUAGUUGUGUGUAUGUGUAUAUGUAUUGUAUAUCUUUAUAGCUAUUUUGUUAAAUGCUAUAAGAUUUCAUGAUAACAUUCAUUGCACUCCAUUAAUAUAAUGUUUUAAUUAUCAUUGCACUCCAUGUUGUCAAAUUACUACAUUAACUUUCUGUUUAUCAUGAGUACAGAGUACAAUUGCUUUUGGAUGCUUAAUGUCCAUCAUCAGAGUCCAAAUCUUUUAAAAUACACAUGAAUACUUAUCAAGUGUUACAUCAUAUACAAAUUCAUAUUCUAAAAUUUAAAUUUGAACAUUGGCAUUCUUAAUCUUUUAUAGCACUUUUUAUGCGACUUUCAAAAAUAUCAGGAAUGUUUUUGAAAACAUUUCCGAUGAUUGAAUGUAAGUUUUAGAAGAAGCAUUCGAAUACAAUUUAACAUUUAACAGGAAUUCGGAACCUAUUUUGUGAGAUUUGGAAUCUGACAAAGGACGAGAAGCACCAAAAAGCAUUUAGUAGAAAAAUUGAUCAUACUCCAUGGCAUUCAGAAAGCUAAUGUGGUAAUUAUAUUUAUUUUUAAGUGCUAAUGCAGUCAUAUGUUGUGUUGACAUCAUUUAAAUGUUUGUCUAUCAAAAGACACAGAAUAAGAAAAAAUCCAGAAAAACAAUAAAUGUUUACAGUUGCUUUUGGCAACUAUGACUUGUUCUGUGUCUUUUAAUACUUGAAUCCAGUUUAUUGGACUAUUUGUACAAUUGUCUAUCAAGUGUUGUUGAAAAUUUAAUAGGCCAGUGUUUAUUUUACAAAAUAUUGAAAUUUUAUCUAAUGAUUUUUAUAUUUUUUAGCAUAUAUUAAUUUAUUUUUGAAAUUUUUGGGGUAUCCCCAGGUAUCAUUGUUAAUUUUUUUUAGCAAACUCUGAAGGGUUUAAAUUCUGCUCUGCAUUGGCAAUCUAGGAUCCCCCAAUAUGAUGCCAAAUUAAACUUUGACAUUCUUACUACAGUAAUGAGUUUAUAAAAGAUUGAUUUGGGGCUCCAGGCAACUGUCCUUUUUGCCCAUAGGAUAACAUGCCAUCGGCUACAUUUCCAAACAAGAACAUAAAUAAUAGUACUGAUGUAUUGUCUGUUGGAUAUUCUGCAUGCUAACAUUUGUGGUCCAGUGUUCCUUAGUGCCAUGCUUCUAUUCUGACAAAUAUCUUGGAACAAGUAGAUUUGGUCCACUGGUUUAUAAAACUAAAGGUUAACAAUAAUGUAUUUACACUACAGGAGAAUGAAUUAUGAAAUUAUUUAUUUAAAUAACUUUUAAAUGUCAGAACUUUUAAUUUUAUUUUAUCAAAUGUGAAAAUGAUUGGACUAUUUUAAUAAUAAAAAAUUUUUGUAUAGCUUUGAAAAUUCUAAAUUUUGAUGAAAUAUUGAAAAAUACCAUUUUUAAAAAUUUAUCUUCACGGCUGUUAUGGGUUGUUAAUCAGUUCCUAUAAAUUUGUUAUUACUGGACAGUUUUAAUGUAUUAAUAUUAAACUUCAAUAGUGUCAUUGGUUAUAUCAUACGAUAUCAGUUAGUGUCGGCAGGUAUGUAGUACAGGUUGGAUGUAAAUCCAAUCUAAACCAUCAUGAUUUUUAAUAUAUAUAUAUAUAUAAUGGCUUUAUAUAAUAUUUUAUAAUACAUAUCAUAUCAAUAGUAUUGAAUAAGGUUUUUGAAUGAAUCAGAAAGAUUAUUCAUUGGAAAAUGAAUCAUUAUAUUAUCAUUUAAAACUGAUGUUCUUUGAGUGUUUGUUUUUUAAUAUCGAAAACCUUGAUGGCUGGAUAUUUAGCUGAUUCCUCUAGCAUUUCAUUUUGAGGUAUCCUCUUUUGAUCCUGGUUAUAUGGAUUUGGAGAUAUUGAUCCCUUUGCCUCAUCACAAGCCAGCCAUUAUGAGUCUUGUAUGAUGGAUGUGAGACCUUUUAGGGGCUCACAAAAGGAAAGUAAAUAGUUUUAAAUUUGAUCAUUUUUGAUACAGUAAACUUUGCUAAGUCAAACUGCAUUAACUUGAAGUAUGCAGUUUGAAUUAUUAACUUGAAGUAUGCAGUAUGAAUUAUUGUAUAUAAACACUUGAAGUUCUAAAGAACCCAAUAUGGGUUGUUUAAACCUUCAAGUGUUUAUAUACAAUAAAUCUGAGUUAAAAUUACUGUUACUUAUACUCUUUGUCUAGGUUUGAGUUAUGUUAAACUCUAUGCUAAAUGUUGCAUAUAAUAAUAAAGUAAAUGCUGUCAGACAGUGUUAAAAUAAAAGAAUUUUAAUGCCAUCUGACAAUGUGUUUACUUUAUUUAUUAUUAUACUUGAGCCUAUUUUCCCUGUGUAUCUUCCACCUUUUGUAGGUCCAUGAUCAUUUUCUCUUAUAUUAUGUACAAAUACAGAUGAUUAGGAUAAACAAACACUAUGAUUCCAUGCUAAACAUAACACCAUGCCAUUACAACCUUGUAUCAGCAUCCUUUUACUGAUGUAGUAUAUUAUUGGUGUUCUACACAAAGUACUCAAAAGCAGCAUAAACUAUGUACAGUUUUGUAAUCAAUCUGUGAACAGAUUCUUGAGAAAUAACUUAAUAACGGGAGAUUUACAGUUACAGAAAAAUUUGAGAAUAAACCGAUUUUCUCAAGUUAAUCAAUGUAUUAACUCGAUACUCUUUAAUUUAAAGUCAGGAUGUUUUUAUUUGUUAAAAGUCAAUGUAAUGCAGCUUUAUGGUAAUAGCAAACGUGUCUUUAUGAUUGAAUGAAUGUUUUUGUGUCUAUCUGUUUCUUACUUAUGAUAGUUUUAGAAUUCCAGAACUUAGACAGUUUUAGAUUUGUAACUGUCAAUGUUCUAGUAAUUAUUUUGGCAUUUUAUUUAGUCUUUUGUAAAGUGCUAUUGAUUUUAAUACUUAACUUUUUCGAUCACUUUUAUCGACAAAACAAUAUAAAAUGCAUCUUAUAAUCAAAUAAGCUGGGUUCAUUAUCUCUAUACAUUUUGGCUAAUUAAAUAGGCAAAUGCUACAUAGUAAAAACUAAAGGUAAACAAUUAAGUUGCCAUCCUCUAUUACAUUUAAUAAUUGGGCUACAAUUUUCAAAUUGCAGACUAUAAAUUCCCACUGUUGUUUGUCUGUCCUUCAUUAAUCUCGAACAGAAUUAAAUAGAUGAAAAUCGAGACUAGUUACAGAAAGCUUAGGGACCAGAGGCCCAGACUAUAUAUGAACUUCUGGUUUGGACCAGCAGUCACACAAUAUCAAUUCAAAAACUUUUGUUUUACUAUAUAGAACAAUAAAUAUUGUAUAGGAUUUAUUCUUCUAAUUUAAAUUAAAACAUCAUUAAAAAUUGCAAUAGAGAAUUGUGACAAUGUCACAAUAUGUAAAUUUAAUUAAUUUAGAAUAUUCUGGAAGAUCAAUCCGGAGUAGGAUUCAAACCCCCAACUCCUGCUUAGGGCUUGUUGGAAAUGCUAAUGGAUGAGACUGGACAUAAUUCAAACUGAAUAUUAGCAUUUCCGAACAAACUGUUAUUGUACGGUGAGGAUUUGUUUCUUCGUUUGUUGGUUUGAAUCGCGCUCUCAACCAAUCUCUUCUUCUGGCUUAAUCACCUACCUUUAAUCAAAACUAUGUAGCAUUUUGUAUAUAUAAUUAGCCAAAAUGUAGCUAGAUAAAGAAUCCCUCUUAUUUCAUUAGUAAUUUGGGCUUGGUUUCUAAUGUGCACUUUGUAAGAUAGAUUAUUUUGGAAUUUGCUGCAUUUCUUUGAAUUACAUAAAAUCUUGUAUUUCAUUAUUGAAUCUCAUGAUCUGCUGUUAUUACUUCAUUAAAUGACAGAAUUGAAAAUAGAAUUUUUUCAUAAAAUGUGCAGAAUUUGCAUCAAAAGUCAGUAUUACAAUUUUUACUUUUACUAAGUUUUCUAGUCAAAUUUAUUCACAACUCAUUUCAUUAAUUUUGUUUUUCAAUUUAGGAUACAAGAUGGAGCUGGACCAGGGUGCCUGAUCUCCAGUUACGUGAGGAACAGCACAAACGUGUCGAGAGUGUCACUUGUCACGAACUCGUUCGGUGAAUGAAUUAGUACCACGUGACAUUCUCGACACAUUCAUGUUACUUACAUAACUGAAGACUCGACAUCCAGAUUAGUGGUUCGCUCUUCUCCAAGUCAUAAAAAUGUACAAGUAAAAUAAAUAAGUAGCUUUAAAUUUUGGCAGUCUCUAUGCCAGAUGGUCAGAAAGUCUCAUCUUGUUUAAUCAGUCUUAAAUAAUCUUACUAUAUGCCUUGGUUAAUUGACUUUUGGACUGUCUUGUAUCUCUUUAUAUGGGCCUACUAUUUAUUUAUACAUUAUUUUUUACUGUAAUUUUUAUUAAAUUUUCAAAGUGCAAUUAAGUAUAUUUGGCAAAGUGUUUUGUAUUGAAGAAUACUUGUUGAGAAAAACAGUUAUUUUCUGUUAGAAGUCCAUUUUUUGAUCUGAAAUUUUAAUUUUGAGUUACUGCAUUAUUUAAACAUCUAGUCUCAUUGUAGUUUCAAUAAAUUGAAUAGUAAAUCUUAUCAAAAUUCCUAUUUAAUACAAAUUUUUUAUAAAAAAACAUUUUUUAUAAAAAAUGUAUUAGAUAUUGUGAUUUCUCUUAGUUUUAAUUUUCAUAUUUUAUCCAUUAUUUGUUAUAAUUCUUGAGUAAGUAUCCAAUUAAAACAACCAACCUUACUCGAUUUCAUAAAUCAAAACUUCAAAUUUGGACAAUCAAUCCAUUUAUUGAUGGAUUAUUUUUCUCAAAAUGUUUAUAAAAAUAUUCUGAAAUUGUAUAAAAAUAUAUUUUGCUAUAUAAUUGAGUACUUAUUCUAUUUGAUAUCUAUGUGUGUGUGCACUGCUUAACGAUGGAAAUACAUUCCGAGAAAUGCAUUGUUAAGCGAAUGUUAUAGCGUAUACUUAGACAAACUUGUACAUAUUUCUACCCCACGAUCUUAUAAAUAAUGCCAUAACACACACACAGCAAUCUGGUGUUAAUCUGAGUGUUAAGGAGAUAUUUAACUUCUUUAUAGUAUUAUUUAGCACACUGAUGGGUUAGGUAUUAUAUGGUGCACAUUGUUAAAUAUUACACAGCACAUUAUGAUUAUUUACAGAUGUUUUAGGUGUUUAUAAGCUGUGUUUAUCAUGUUUCUAUCAAGUUUUAUCUGAAUGUGAAUUAUUCUAUAAAUGUAACUGCUGUUUGUUAUAUUUUGUUUUUAUUCUAAAUGAAGUUGAGUAUAAUUUAUCAUAAUUUACAUAUGAUUUUAAAUUACUCACAUUUUAUGAAGUAAUUUUAUGUUAAAUGUAGUUUUCAUUAUACAUAGGGUACUUAUUAGCAAGACGGUGGAGUUGGAAUUAUUAAAAAUGUACUGACUCCAAUCUGAAUGUAAACUUACAGAUAAUAAGCGGUAACUUAGCGUAAUGAUUUGUGUGGUGGCAAUGAAAAUUAAUUUUAAAUGGUAGCUUGAGACAAUACAUAUUAAUAAUGGUUCUAUAACCUUUUGAGCUGUUGCAGGGUUGAAUUUGGAAAUAUUUAAAAACUGAAAAGGUGGAGUUGACAAUUUUGUAUACCAACUCCACAGCUUCACUUGCUGAAAUAUAAGCUGUAAAUUUACUUAACUGUGCAUAUAUAUGGUAGAACUCAGAUUAUCUGAACCACCACUUGCCCUCUUCUCUCUCUCACUGAUGUUCCCAUGAAUGCAACUCCAAUCUUGUCUGCAAACUUGCAGAAACAAAAAUGUCUUGUUCUUGCCAUGACAGACAAUGUUAACAUUGUCAAUGUAUGAAAAUUAUGUUGCUGAUAAACAUGGUCUGGGAGCAGAUAAUGUUUCAACAUUAAGGAAUAUGGUGACAAUACUGAAGUUUACUGUGGCAGAUUCAAAUGAUCAAAUAAAUAUAGUACAUGUACAAUACUGUGCUGCCACCCUGUAAUUUCAUUCUUUACAUGAUAAUCCACUUAUCCGAAUCAUACGCAGAACAAAUCAAUUUGGAUAAUCAGAGUUCUACUGUAAUAUCAAUUUUAUGUACAGAAAUUUUUUUAAGUAUUGUAAAAGGUAUAUGUUUGAUGACAAAAUAUUUUAAUAUCAAUUUAACUGUGGUAAUAUAUGCUUUGUUAUUGCAUUUUUGUAUAUUUAUAAUAAAUAAUAACUAUGUAUCAUUAUGUAUGGGAAAAUUAUGAAUGCAAAUAUCAUUGUACAAAAGAUAAAACUGUGGAAAGCAAUUUUGUGAUUCUUCUGUUUUUUUAUUUAAGUCUAAAAAAUGUAUAAUUUAUGAAACAAGUUUCAUGCCAAUAUCACUGAACAAUAUUUGGCCAGAUGGCCUGAAUGGAUUUGAACUCGAUUUCUGACUGUUGAAAUGUCUUACAUUCUAUUGCUAUGCAGAUUCUGGGUUCAAAUUCAGUCUAAAUCUUAUGUUUUAUGGGUGUUUUGGGAUGGAGCAUUGUUCCCUAUCCUUCAUCCACUCUAACCUACCUUAAUUACAGGUCAGGCCACUUAUAAGGAGUAAACUGUACACUCGUAAAUCUCAUUGUGCAAGUGAAUAGGAUUGAAUUUAUAAGAGGCACAUUCUAUUAUAAAUUAUAGAAAUUGAAUUGACUACUUUUUAUUAUGUAUAUAAAAUUUCAGUGCACAUAUUUUUCUUACAAACUCUUUUCUGUAUCAAAUUGGAAUAAUUUGGUGGAUUGUUAAGGUUUAGUCUUACUUGCACGAGUACUGUGGCUCUAAUCCCUCAACUAGAUCACACGACAGUAUAUGUAGCGAGAAGAUCUGGCUAGGCCAUAGAGGAAACAAUCCAAUCAUAUUAUGAGACUGCAGUCAAUAGAAAUAACAAAUCUGAAAGGAUUAGUACCCAAAAUUACAUUUAAUGGUAGUUUGCAACAAUAAAAUUCUUGUAAUUGGCAUAUUUUUUUGUCUUUUAGACAGAUCCUGCAAGUCUGCAGUACGUUCUUGUGCAUAACUAGAGCACCUAUAGAAAAGUAUUGCUAUUUAGUUGAUGCAUACAUUUGGUUUUUUUGCACAAAAAUUUUAUUACUGAGAAUAACAAUACCAUCUUUAAAUGAACACUUUUUAACCUUUUUACUUUAAAAAAAUUGUGUGAGACAUCCAGGAGUAUUUAGUAUCUUUACUAUGCUUAAUACUGUUGUAUUUUAAUAUCCUAAAUACAAAUAGUGAUUUUAGAACCUAAAGAUUGACUUGUAACCACAAUUGGCAUUCAAUUUACUAUUUACUGUUAUGUUUAUUGUUUUGUAGUUACAACCAAAGUGAGCGCUCAGGUACCAUUCCCGUGAUGCAUCAGCAACGAUCGCCAUCUGGCGGACUCACUAAUAUUUUACAUUUCAACGUCUCCAAUACAAUACACAUUACAAUAUAAUUAGACACACAAAGCUCUGGGUACACAUACAAGAUAUAGGACAUUUCAUGUUUAGUCAAGUUUAACUGGUUCUAAAAAACAGAUAACAUACCUGAAACCAAUGUUAAAUAAUAAUAGGCAGUUUUAUUGAACAAAAGUACUUCUAAUUUUAAUAGCAUUUUCUUUAGAAGUGUGGUUUCUCUUCAGUAAAGUUUUAGAGUUAUUUUAUUUUUUUGUAGCAUUUUCAUCAAAUUCUCAUCUUUUAAAAUGGAAUCAAAUGUAACUUAUGUAGAACAAAAUAUUUAUAUUUGGGAAAUUAUUCAAACUGUUUAAAUUCUUAUUUAGCAACAGCAAACCUUUUUUCCAAAGGCAGAUCAAAGUCUAAUUACUUCAAAUUGCAGGUCAAAUAUUUAAUUUAUUUUACUAUAUUUUUCAGAAAAAUAAAAAAAAUGUGAUUAUAAUGGGAAAUUGUUCCUAAAAUGAGAAACUUUCACAAAAAGUUGUUAAAAACAUUUAGAGAGUGUUUUAUUUUGCUGCUUGUGCUUUUGACGUAUUAAAAGGUGUCAUCCUCAGGCAGAUACAGAUACAAAUAAAACCUUUCAAACAAGCUUUUUAAAUUAAAAGCUAAUGGCAUUAACCAUUUAGAACAAAUUACUUUCUUAUUUUAUUAAAAAUAUUGGCAUAACAUCCAACCUUCGAGUUUGAUUAACUUACAUGGGAAAUCUGUUGUUUGUUUGAUGAUAAUCUUUCUAUCUGAGAUUCAAAAUUCAUGGGUCUUUAAGACUUUUGUGACAGUUUUAGGUCACUGCUUUUACACUCACUGCAUACAUAGUGUAAAUAUCUAUGAUGAUGAGUAAAACCUACCUGGUUGUGCAGACCAUAUUAUAACAGACUUUGAUUCUUUACUAAAAGCAACACUUACCAUGGGAUCAUCUGUACAGAGAAAAGUGCCAUUCUUGGUGAGUACUACCUUGGAAUUGGAUUGGAGCAGCUCCAAUGGCAGACAUGCUUUGGCAUUGUAACUCUAUACCUUUUCUUUGAUGCAGCGAGCAAGCCACAACUGAAGCAGUUGCAAAUGCAAUUGAUCUGAUUACAGAGACUUCAAGCAUUGAGAACGUGACACAGAAGACCCAUUAAGACCCAUCUAAUCUGUUCAAUGUACUGUAUAAUAGAGUUAUGAGCAAGACUAGCUGCAAAAUGGUCUCUUGAUUUUCUAUUGGUGAAAAUGCUAGUCAAAGCAGAAGUCAUUGGGAAUCAGGCACAGAGAAUUGUACUGAUUCAAAUGAUUGAAUCAAUGUAGAAUCGGCAUACAGAAAGACUGGCAAGAGCCAGUAAAAUAAGUUAUCCCAACAAACUGAACGACAAUUAUAAACGAAAAGGUUUUUUACUGUUAACCACUGCUUUGGCAUAUUGGAUUCAGAAAGAAGAGACGUUUUGGCAAACCUGUUAACAGAAGGAACAAUACUUCAUGGCACAAAAGGUAAAGCACAACUUCAAGCUGCUAAACAGGUGGGCAAGGAUUAACAACCUGCUCUAUUUGUGCAGUAGCUGCUUCUAUUGGCUUAGAAGAGCCAAUCACUACUUCAGCAAUGACUGGUACUGUCUUUACAGCACCAUUUGACAUCGCAGCCAGAUCUGCCACUACAAAUCCUAUUGUAAAACCUAGUUGAGGGAUUAGAGCUGUCAGACUACUACAUCUUACAUUGUUAACUUAGCCAAUUCAGUAAUAAUCAGAACAAUUGGUGUAUAUGUAAAUAACAGAGCACAAUGUUAACACUUUCAAGUGUGGAUUUCAUUAUAAAUUUUAAAAUAAAUUUGCACAAUUACACACCAGUUUUUAAUCUACCUGUUAUGAAACUAAAUCAUAUUUUACUGUAAUUUUACUUUUCAAUUAAUCUUAUAGAUUUAAAAUUACAAAUUUUUACCGAAAUAGAUACUCCUGUUGAUAUUUUAGCACCAUUUCACCACAG